GAGCGCUUCGCUUCGUGUCCCUCUCUCAGCGACCCUCGCAUCCGACGACGACAACAUGGCGGCCGCCGACACUGGUGCUCAAAGCCGGAGGAUGUCCAUGGUUCCAACGGGUGGUGCAGAGCAGCGGCCCAUGGCCGCAGUCCCCGUGGGAUCGGCGCCCGUGAUCCCGGCGUACGUGCCGCCGGCGCAGGUCUACGAGGACGACGAGGACGAGGUCGAGGAGGUCAUGAAGCCCCAGAGGCAAAUUGUGCAGGCGGGCGCCGCCAGCGGACCCAGCGCGCUCUGCAUCUUAUGCACGGCGAUGGUGCUCCUCACGGUGGCCGCGGCGGGGACCUUCUACGCUCUCAACAUGGCCAAAACGUUCACGGAGGGGACCACUGCCUCCACCACCACGAAGGCACCGACGCCGCACCUGGUGUUCAACCAGAACGUGACGGUGGAGCAGAGAGCUGGCCCGGACGUCACCGAAGAAGGCCACGAUGCAGCCACAGACGCCGAAGUGGAGGCUUCGUACACGCACAGCGCAUGA